GGGGGCAGCCAAGCCCCGAGGCUCGGCCCACGAGCCUUUGCAGGGGUCCCCGGCAAGAGGAAUAGGGUCUGGAGGCUCUCGGGCCGGUCUGAAUGGUCAGGCUGGGCACGCUAGGAGGGAGGCUGUCUAUCAGGCUAGCUUGCUGCUAGCGCCCUUGGCCCUGCUCGGAGGCUUGGCCUGGGGGUCUCCCACCCUGGCGGGUCGGGAGGUGCCCCAGGCAAGGCCCCUUCCUUCCUAUGCUCCUGCCCGACUGUCGUGGGAGAAGCCACCUGAAGGCCUUGGCGCAUUCCUCAUUGCCUUGCAUGAAUUCUCAGGCCUAAUGAUGGGGCAUACUAACAUUUUUGUGAUGCAGCACAUCGUGAGUUCACCCCAGAAAUUGGAGCUGAGAAGCCAAAGAAUGAAACUCUUCAUUAUGAGGACCUUCUACAGCCCAGGUCCCAUCCAGCCGAAAGGGAAAACUUCUGCAAAAACUGCCAUCAGACUAUAUCAUAGACUCACUGAGAUGGGUCGAACCCUGGGACAGAAUUUACAACAGAGAGUAUCUUCUGUGGCCAAAACUUGGUGGGACAGUUAUGAAGAAUUCGUUGGGCUAAAUGAAGUUCGAGAGGCCCAGGGGAAUGUGACUGAGGCAGAGAAAGAGUUCAUGGUGGCUCGAGGAAUUGUCCGAAAGGCUAGAGAUGACCUGGAAGUUCACCAGGCCAGACUCAAAGAGAUUCGGGAUCGUUUGGAUCGAGUUUCCCGGGAAGAUAUGCAGUACUUGGAACUUGCAACUCUGGAACACCGAUUGUUGCAGGAAGAGAAGAGGCUCCGAACAGCCUACAGUAACUCAGAAGAGUCGGAACGAGAGAAGUUUUCCCUCUUCUCUGCAGCAGUGAGGGAAAGUCAUGAGAAAGAGCGAACAAGAGCUGAAAAAACGAAGAACUGGUCAAUCAUUGGUUCAGUUCUAGGGGCUUUGAUUGGUGUCGCUGGCUCCACCUAUGUGAAUCGGGUGCGGUUGCAAGAACUAAAGUCGUUGCUUCUAGAAUCACAGAGUGGACCAAUGAGUCUGCAGGAGGCCAUCAGAGAACAAGCUUACAGCCACAACAUGCAGAGCAAGGAUCUCAGUGACCUUAUUGAAGAAUUUAGGAGUUUAGUGCACACUGGAAUCAAGGUGUCUUCUGGAGCUCAAGAAGAUGCCACUUCUGCUGGAGAAAGUCUUAUAUCUCAUAAAGAUACAUACUUACUUUCAGCCUCUUUGAAAGAACAGCUCAGCCAAUCUCAGCAGGUUCAUUCAUGUCUAGAGAGUUUACAAGAGCAGCUUACUGCCCUGAACAAAAAAUUUAGUCAAAUGGUUGCAGAGGUUCAGCUUGUAAAGGCUCCAGCCCGUUCUCAGCUUGUAGAGCAAGCAAACCACGCUUUGCCGGACUCUUCACUGGACACCAGGCAGUCCCUGGUUGCCCAGGGUGUGAUUCUAGAGCUGUCAGACAUGGAGCAGAGGUUGGAGGCCCAGGUCAACAGGAACUCGGUGUACAGCACCGUGCUCACUUGUACCAUGUUUGCUGCUAUGCUGCCGGUGCUGUACAUUCUCUUCAGAGCCAACUAGCUGUCUCUGGAGGGAAGCUUCAGUGAGGAAGAAGAGUUGUUGGAUUUAGUAUUGAGCUGGCCGGCACCUUACUGCUUUGUCUGUUUAAGUCACUUGGAGGUUACUGGUGGUGAAGCCACCCAGAACUUGUGAGCCUGGCUCCUAAAAGGGGAAUAGUUAGGCAGCAGGGUUUUCUUUUUCAAGAUUUACCUUUUUAAAAUUCCGGCUCACAUUCUAUAUUCAUUUACCAGCUUUGCACUUUCAUGAUUUGUUCCACAGAGGGAAAAGGAUUACAUUUGAAAUUAUGUUAUUGAAAACAAUUUAAAAACUUCAAAUUAUGGUAACAGCCGAAAUUUACAUGACAUUUUAGUUUACAGAGCACUUUAUAUACACUAUCAGUUGAUCCUCACAACAAUGUGAUGUAGUAAUGAAAGUCCAAGCCAAUUUGGUUGAACAGAUUGGGAAAGCAGUUCAGCAGUAUGGAUUUAAAACCAUGAGGUUCUAUUAAUGUUAACAUUUACCUUCAUAGUCCCUGUGUUUUCUCUAGGUUCUCCCCAGUGUUCUUCUCUACUGUUGUCUGCAUUCUAUGACAUUUUUAGUAUCAUGUCACUUUGUGUUGGGAGUAAUUAUUUUUGAUGUUUCAUGUGUCUGCAUUUUUAAUCUUGGUUUUCCUUUUCCUGAUGUGACUUGUAUUUCCUAGACCUUCUUGUGUCUAAGUAUUUAUGGGGUUUCUGGUCAUUAGAAUCUGGGAGUCAGGAUUCCUAGGUGCUUGUCUGCUGGCUGACCAGGGAAUCCACUUCCCUGUAUGAUUUAGCUGUUCUGUGCCAUCUGUCAGGUGGGAAGAGCUCCCCUUGCCUUUCUUUUUUUCCUUUUCACCUUCCCUCCAGACACAAGGAAGAAUUAAUGUCUGAUACUUGAAACAGAAUUCAGGGUGGGGGAGUGGGGCUGAUGGUAAUGGAUUGUGUUGGAUUGGCAGCAUAGAGAAAGGAGCUUGCUAAACGAACAAUUUGCCUGUAGGGAAAUAGGAUUUGGGCACUACCAAAGAGUGUGUAAACUUUCGCUCUCUACAGCCUGGAGAUGCUCUCUGAAAGUAUCUCAUUUUGCCUAAGGCAGGAUGGGAGGAGAGCUGGCAAAGUGUAUCCCAUUGAUAGUGUGAACUGAAAAGCAGUGAGCUGGGUGGGGUGAAUUCCAGAAGUGGAAGUCACCAUGCUAGUCAGACAGGGGUUGGGGGGAGGGAGGGGGCAGGCAGGUUGGAUGGUGGCAGAUUCAGUUCUGAGUGAACCCCACCCCGACAUGCCUGCUCCAGUACAGGAGGGCUGCCUGUUGUUCCUUCAAACCUUUCCUGCCCUAUCAAGCCUCAGACAGGCUUGCUCUGUAUCAGCGUUUCCUUUGUGUUGCUAGGUAAGAACUCACAGUUGAAUAAAAGAUAACAACUAAUAUGGCCAUU